AUGAGGCCCCUGCUCUGCUGCCUGGGGCUGGUCGUGCUCCUGGGGCCCUGCCUGGCUUGUCCCACCGCCUGCUCCUGUUCCAUCAAGAAGAAUGGGCGGCUGUUGGCCGAGUGCGCCUACAAAGAUCUCCAGGAGGUCCCCGAGGGAUUGUCCACCAAUGUGACCAUCCACCGGAUCGGCUGGUUGGGACAGGACUCCUUUGUCCAGGUUCCCGAAGUGCAGUCGCUGUGGUUGGGCUACAACCAGAUCGGAGCGGUGGAACCAGGGGCUUUCGCCUUGUUGGUGCACCUGAAGAACCUGGACCUGAGCCACAACAAGAUUGCGGAUUUCCCCUGGCAGGACCUCCGUAACCUCAGUGGUCUGCAGAUCCUGAAGAUGAACAACAACCGCCUGGCCGGGCUGCCCCGGGAUGCUUUCCGCUCCUUGAAGGACCUGCGCUCCCUCUGGCUCAACGACAACGAGUUGACCACCCUGGCUGAGGGCACCUUUGACAACCUGCCCUCCCUCUCCCAGCUUCAGAUCUUCAACAACCCCUUCAACUGCUCCUGCAAGGUCUUCUGGCUGAAGAAGUGGACUGAGAACACCUCCGUCUCCAUCACCAAGGGAGGGUCUAUCCUGUGCGUGGCUCCCAGGAGGCUGAAGGGCAGGGCGGUGACAGACAUUCCCGACCACCACUGUGUUGCCCCCUCCGUGCAGCUCACCUACCUCUCCAACCUGGACAACACCGUCACGUACAAUGGCCUCACGCUGACUCUGCACUGCAGCGUGGCGGGCAGCCCUAUGCCAGAGAUCAGGUGGAAGAUCCAGACCUCCAGCCGCCGUGUCGAGAUCAGCGGGCCCAACGUGGCACGGGAUGGAAACGUCAAGCAGAGCCAAGAGCAUUUCUUGGUCUUCAAGAACGGCACCAUGGCCAUCCCCCACUUCAGCAAGGAGGAUGAAGGCAUCUACACCUGCCUGGCUGUCAAUGACGUGGGCACGCGGGAUGUCUCAGUCAACGUGGCCUUGGCUGGGUCAGAGAAUCCAGCUGAAGACCUUCUCCGAGAUGAUCCCCAAGCUAGCCACCUCGGAGAUCGGAGCUGCUACAAGGGGGAUGAAAGGGAUCCCUCCGGUGCCGGAGAAAAGCUGGUGAUUGUUUACCACAUGCCGAGGGCGUCAAAGAGCAGGGCUGGAGGAGCCGUGCCCCAGGUCCACCUGGGGACCCUCCUGCUGGCUUUGGGCAUCGCGCUCCGCUGUUAA